CCCCCGCGCAGUUGCUAUCCAUAUACAGGGGUCUUGUCCGCCCUCGUAUGGAGUAUGCAUCUCACGUGUGGGGAGGCUCCACUCACACAGCUCUUCUGGACAGAGUGGAGUCUAAGGGUGGUAUUGUUAGACGCGAAGGCUAGCGUCCUUUCCUGUCGCUCGACCAUGUAGGUAGGCAAAGUUACUUCGUCCCUCGACCGUAUUGAGAGACCAGCCCGCCAGCAGCCCCCGCUGCAUCUGGCUGCAUCUGGGUGUUGGUACGCCUGAUCGGCAUCAGCUGGCCACGCACCGGCCCGAUUUCCCGUUUUUUUCAAAAAUCAUGUUUCAUAUCGGGACUACAUUAAGAGAAAAUUAUAAAUUUAGAGAUAAACAAAACAGAAAAGCUAGAUAUAGCCGUAAUUAAUGGAAGACGACGAGGUGCAGUGCAUAAACUUUUAUUUCAGCAGUCAUACAUAUAAGAAAUUAUAAGGAAGUACCCUUUUAAAAAUAAUAGCAUUUAAGAUACAAAUUCAAAUUAAACAAUUAUGAAAAAAAGAAAAAUGAAAAAGAUAAUGCAGAGUGCCGAUAUGAAUGCAUAUUCCGCCAUCACAACAACGCGCGCGCACGGAAGCUGAUCGACAAUGGACCGCGCUGCACCACUUUCGUCAAGGCAGAGGAGAGUCCUGGUGCAGCUAGUGGAGGAAAGGCCUGUCCUUCAAGAUAGGUCAACCAGCACUGCGGUCCAGCACAAGAAGAACUUGGCGUGGGAUGAGAUCGCCAAAAACUUCAACGCCAUGCACCCUGAUCUGGAGCCGCGAUCAGUUCAACAAUUGAAAAGAAGUUUCAACCGCAUCAAAUUGAAUGUGAAAAAGGAAGAGAGAGCCUACAAGCUGAAGGUGAAGAGGACUGGUGGUGCCCCUCCUCCAUCACCUCCCAAGUUUACAGAAGAACAUGAGACUGUUGCCUCCAUGAUCUCUGGAGAACUCAACAUGGGCGAGGAUGUCUUUGACACUCUUGCCAUUCAAGAUGGGCAUCCAGUGGAUGAGGCAGGCACUCCCAUCAUGGAUGUUACUUUCACUGUGAGUGGAAAACUGCCACCGACAGAGGUCCCCUCUGCUACUGCUGCCGCUGAAUGUGCUGAAGCACCUGCACCUCCUAGUGCUUCUACAUCUUUCCAGCCAGAAGCUUCAUCCUCUGCAUCCACUGCACCAUCACUAACUACAUUUACAUGUAAUGUGGCCUCAUCUUCUGCUGCCCCACGGCAGAGGAGGAAAUUUGAUGCAGAGUACCAGGCCUGUCGGAAGCAGCAGGAUGAGUAUCACCAACUCCUUCUUCAACAGACCAGAGAGGAGCACGACCAACAGAUGAAACUGUACCAGUUUCACAGGGAGUGUUGCAGCGGCAGCUAG